CGCCCUGCCCCGGCUCAGAAACCGAGCCGGGAGUAGAGUCUGGGACCGGACGGCCGGCUGGAGCCACGCUGCACUCUGGAGGCCAGGGAAGAGAGUAGCUCUCAGGUCUCCAGUGUGGAGUCUCCCAGCAUCUUGACCUGCUAUAAUUUGCAUCAUGAGCUGGAAGUUAGGACUGGCAUGGACACUCCUGGCUGCCCUAUGGGGUUGUGAAGGUGCCCAGAGCUCCAUUUCCUGGGAGGUACAACGAUUCGACGGCUGGUACAACAAUCUUGCAGAGCACAGAUGGGGCAGCAAAGGCUCCCGGCUACGGCGGCUGGUUCCUGCCACUUAUGCAGAUGGUGUGUUCCAGCCUUUGGAGGAGCCAUAUCUGCCCAAUCCUCGAAAUCUCAGCAAUGUCGCCAUGCAGGGUCCAUCAGGGAAGCCCUCUUUUCGAAACCGAACAGUGAUCUGGGUCUUCUUUGGGUACCAUGUACUCUCAGAGGUGGUGAGUGUGGAGCGGGCAGGCUGUCCUACUGAGUUCCUGAAUAUUCGUAUCCCAGCUGGGGACCCAGUGUUUGACCCCAGUGACAGGGGAGAUGUGGUCCUCCCAUUCCAGAGAAGCCAAUGGGACCCAGAAACUGGACAGAGCCCUAGCAACCCCCGAGGCCAGACGAAUGAAGUAACUGGCUGGUUAGAUGGCAGUGCCAUCUAUGGCUCCUCUCACUCUUGGAGUGAUGCCCUGAGGAGCUUCUCUGGUGGCAAAUUGGCAUCAGGGCCAGAUCCUGCUUUCCCCAGGGAUACUCAAGGACCUUUCCUCAUGUGGACAGCACCAGAUCCUUCUACUGGGCAACGAGGCCCCCAAAGGCUAUAUGCCUUUGGGGCUGAGAGGGGGAACCAAAACCCAUUUCUGCAGGCUUUGAGCCUCCUCUGGUUCCGAUACCACAAUCUGUGGGCUAAGAGGCUGGCCCAGAAGCACCCAACCUGGGGAGAUGAGGAGCUGUUCCAGCAUGCCCGAAAGAGGGUCAUCGCUACCUACCAGAACAUUGUUCUGUAUGAGUGGCUGCCCACUUUCCUACAGAAAAAGACACCGGAGUAUGGAGGGUAUCGAUCAUUUCUGGAUCCCAGCAUCUCCCCUGAGUUUCUGGCAGCCUCCAAACAAUUCUUCUCCACUCUGGUGCCUCCUGGUGUCUACAAGAGAAAUUCCAGCUGCCAUUUUCAGGAGAUCACCAAUGGGAAGUCAGGAGUCUUCCCAGCUCUCAGGGUCUGCAACAGCUACUGGAAUCGAGAGAACCCAAACCUGCACAGUACCAGAGGUGUGGAUGCACUACUUUUGGGCAUGACGUCCCAGAUUGCUGAGAGGGAGGAUCAUGUGGUAGUAGAGGACCUUAGAGAUUUCUGGCCGGGGCCACUGAAGUUCUCUCGUACUGACUACUCAGCAAGCUGGCUACAACGAGGACGGGACCUGGGACUGCCCUCUUACAACCAGGCUAGGGUGGCCAUGGGGUUAGCCCCAGUUACCCAGUGGCAAGAUAUCAACCCUGAACUUUCUCAAAGGAAUGGCAUUGUUCUGGAAGCAACAGCAUCCAUGUACCAUCAUGACCUGUCUCGUCUGGAACUGCUUCCUGGGGGGCUCCUGGAAUGUCGAGGGGAUCCUGGACCUCUCUUCACUGCCAUCAUCCUUGAUCAGUUUAUGCGACUUCGAGAUGGAGACCGAUACUGGUUUGAAAACACAAAGAAUGGUUUGUUCUCCAAGGAAGAGGUGGCCAAGAUCAGAAAGACCUCCUUCCGUGAUGUGUUGGCUGAUGUCACCAACGUGGGCUUGAGUGCCCUGCAACCCGAAGUCUUUGUCUGGAAAGAUGGAGACCCCUGCCCACAACCUGGGCAAAUCACAGCUGAAGGGCUGCCCAGCUGUGUACCCCUGGUGGUGUUGGAUUAUUUCAAAGGCAGUGGCUUUGGAUUUGGUAUCACAAUUGGGGCCCUCUGCUGCUUCCCAUUGGUCAGUCUGCUGAGUGCCUGGAUUGUUGCUCGACUCCGGAGAAGGAAUUUUAAGAGGCUUCAGGCUCAGGAUCGACACAGCAUCAUGUCUGAGAAAUUCGUGGAGGGUGUGGAAGCCAUUGAGUGGCAGGGCAAGAAAGAGCCCUGCCGGCCUGUGCUCCUGAAUCUUCAGCCUGGGCAGCUUCAAGUCCUGUGUGGCCGUCUCUCACUACUCCGGGUCAUUCAGUUCCGGGACUCCCAGAAGAUGAACUUGAUCCAGUCCAACAACCGGGGCCGACGAGCACUUCUGCUCAAGAUUCCAAAGGAGUAUGACCUGCUGUUGCUUUUUAACCUGGAGGAGAAUCGUCAAGCUUUUGUUCAGAGCCUUCAGGAGACCCUGAAGAACAGUGGGCUGAGUUUCCAGGAGUGGGAGCUCCGAGAACAGGAAAUGAUGAGGGCAGCUGUGACGAGGAAGCGUCGAAGCCACAUCUUGGAGACCUUCUUCAGACAUCUCUUCUCCCAGGUGCUGGACAUUGACCAGGCAGAUGCAGGGAGUCUGCCCCUGGACUCAUCUCAGAAAGUUCGAGAGGCCCUGGCCUGUGAGCUGAGCAGGGCAGAGUUUGCAGAGUCCCUUGGCCUCAAGCCUCAGGCCAUGUUUGUAGAGUCCAUGUUCUCUCUGGCUGACAAAGAUGGCAAUGGUUACUUAUCCUUCCGGGAGUUCUUGGACAUCCUGGUGGUCUUCAUGAAAGGCUCCCCUGAGGAGAAGUCCCGUCUCAUGUUCCGGAUGUAUGAUUUUGAUGGCAAUGGCCUCAUUUCCAAGGAGGAGUUCAUCAGGAUGCUUAGGUCCUUCAUCGAGAUCUCCAACAACUGCCUGUCCAAAGCCCAGCUGGCUGAGGUAGUGGAGUCCAUGUUCCGAGAAUCUGGCUUCCAAGACAAGGAGGAGCUGACCUGGGAGGACUUCCAUUUCAUGCUGAGGGACCACGAUAGUGAGCUCCGCUUCACCCAACUCUGCAUUAAAGGUGUUGAAGUUCCUGAAGUUGUUAAACAACUAUGCCGACGAGUCUCCUUCAUCAGCCAAGAUAAAAUGUGUGAUCUAGCUGAUGAAUCGACAAUGCAGAGAUUCAAGAGCCCAGAAGAUACAGACUCACCCCAGGAGGUCCGAAAGAGGUUUGGCAAAAAGCUGACAUCGUUCCAGCCCAGUCCCUUCACAGAAGCACGUCGUGAAAAAUUGCAACGAAGUCGUUGGCAUCAGACUGUCCAGCAAUUCAAACGGUUCAUAGAGAACUACCGUAGGCAUAUUGGCUGUGCUGCUGUCUUCUACUUCAUUGCUGGCGGACUUUUUCUGGAGAGAGCCUACUUCUAUGCCUUUGCGGCCCACCACAAGAGCAUCACAGACACCACCCGGGUAGGCAUCAUCCUGUCCCGAGGAACAGCAGCCAGCAUCUCCUUCAUGUUCUCCUACAUCCUGCUCACCAUGUGCCGAAACCUCAUCACCUUCUUACGGGAGACCUUCCUCAACCGCUUUGUGCCCUUCGAUGCUGCAGUGGACUUCCACCGAAUCAUUGCUGCUACAGCCAUUGUGCUCACAGUCCUACAUAGUAUGGGCCACGUGGUCAAUGUCUACUUGUUCUCUGUCAGUCCACUCAGUGUCCUGUCCUGUCUUUUCCCUGGAUACUUCCAGGAUGAUGGGUCUGAAUUGCCUCAGAAAUACUAUUGGUGGUUCUUCCAGACAGUCCCAGGCUUAACAGGAGUUAUCCUGCUCAUGGUCCUGGCCAUCAUGUAUGUCUUUGCUUCCCACCACUUCCGCCGGCGCAGCUUCCGAGGUUUCUGGCUGACCCACCACCUCUACAUUUUGCUCUACAUCCUGCUCAUUAUUCAUGGCAGUUUUGCCCUCAUCCAGCUACCUCGAUUCCAUAUGUUCUUCCUGGCCCCAGCUCUUAUCUAUGGUGGGGACAAACUGGUGAGCCUGAGCUGGAAGAAGGUGGAAAUCAGUGUGGUGAAGGCUGAACUGCUUCCCUCAGGUGUGACUCACCUUCGAUUCCAGCGACCCCAGGGCUUUGAGUAUAAGUCAGGGCAGUGGGUCCGUAUAGCCUGCCUAGCCCUGGGGACCACAGAAUACCAUCCAUUCACACUCACCUCAGCACCCCAUGAAGACACACUCAGCCUGCACAUCAGGGCUGUGGGACCUUGGACCACCCGACUCAGAGAGAUCUAUUCUCCUCCACCAGGCACCAGCAGCAUCAAAUACCCUAAGUUAUACCUGGAUGGGCCAUUUGGAGAAGGUCACCAAGAGUGGCACAAGUUUGAGGUGUCUGUGCUGGUGGGUGGAGGCAUUGGAGUCACCCCCUUUGCCUCCAUCCUCAAAGACCUUGUCUUCAAGUCAUCAGUAAGCUGCCAAAUGCCCUGUAAAAAGAUCUAUUUCAUCUGGGUGACGAGGACUCAAAAGCAGUUUGAGUGGCUGGCAGACAUCAUCCGGGAGGUGGAGGAGAAUGACCGGCAGGAUCUGGUGUCUGUGCACAUCUACAUCACUCAGCUGGCUGAGAAGUUUGAUCUCAGGACCACUAUGUUGUAUAUCUGUGAGCGACAUUUCCAGAAGGUGCUGAACCGGAGCCUCUUCACUGGCCUGCGCUCCAUCACCCACUUUGGUCGCCCACCCUUUGGCCCCUUCUUCAGCUCUCUGCAGGAGGUCCAUCCACAGGUUCGGAAAAUUGGGGUAUUCAGCUGUGGUCCCCCUGGCAUGACCAAAAAUGUAGAGAAGGCCUGUCAGCUCAUCAACCGGCAGGACGGGACUCACUUCUCCCAUCAUUACGAGAAUUUCUGAGGCUGGAUAGAGGGCCUCUCACUGCCUACCUCUGCUAAGCUGGAGCUCAGACAACUGUUCCUUCUUCUGCCCAGCCUAAGCACCUCUUUUGCCCACUGAAGUCUCUCAAGUGAUUUUGGUCACAUGUGAGAACCCAGGCUAUGCCCAGGCCCACUGACCUGGCACCAUGAUUGAUAUGGGGUGAAUAACACAUGAACAUCAGGGGCUGUGGUGGAGGGAAACUAUUACUUUUGGGGGAAAGAGGGGAGAGAGAAAAAAGCCAUCCUUUCCUUUGUAAGCUGUUUCUGUGCUAUUCCCUGUCAUUGGGAGUGGGAGCAUUCCUAGGGUACAGAUGCUGGCAUCUUUUGAGGUCCCCACACUCCACAUAAGCAAUAAAACACAUGUGAGGAGCUUCACAAACCUUAAAAUGCUAUUGAGAGGCUAGAUAUUAGCCCCCUCUGACACUGCUAUGGGGCCAAUGUGACUGAGGAACAAUGGAUGACAUGGGAAAGGGGGCAAGAGUGGGACCAUCUAACCUUUUACCUCUCCUUGGAUUUGCACACUCUCCCUUCUGACCCCACUUAGCCUUCCCUCAGGAUCCUAAUCCAAGUUUUUAAAUAGCCCAUUUUAUUCUCCUAGAACUUGACCUGGGGCUUCCUGUUCUCUUCCUUUCAUUGAGGUUGCCCGUCUCCCUGUUUCAGUUGGAAUAUUCUCAUUCCAUUCAUUUAGUGUUGUAUGCAAAUAAAUAAUUUUUCCUGCCCUUCUUAUUUCUGGGGUUUCUUAAUUCUGCCCUCUUGCCAGUAGAACCCAAGAACACUGAUUCUGCCAAUGCUUGCAAUAGGGCCCUCCAAAGCUGGGCAGGGCUGAUAUCUUAGCCAGGCUGUGCCCAGGGAGCCUGGGGCCCAACACUAAUCCUAGUCUGUCAUGAUUCCCACCAGGGAGGGAGCUAAGGAAAAGAAUACAGGUUUUCCCAUGAGGAAGUUUCUUAUCCAGUCCCCCAAACCUCUAUCAGAUAAAAAGUGAAAUGAUCUCAAAUCCAUUAAAAAUUAAGGUUUCAGGGCAGCUAGGUGGUACAAUGGAUAGAGCAUCAGGCCUGGAGUCAGGAGGACGUGGGUUCAAAUUCGGUCUCAGACCCUUUCUAGCUGUGUGACUCCCGGCAAGUCAUUUGAACUGAUUGCCUAACCCUUGCCGUUCUUCUUAGAAUUCAUACUAAGGCAGAAGGUAAGAAAAAAAAAUUUAAACCCUUAUGUUCAAACUUAGAAUCAAUACUGUGUAUUGGCUCCAAGGCAGAACAAUGGGCUAGGCAAUGGGGGUUAAGUGACUUGCCCAGGGUCACUUAGCUAGGAAGUAUCUGUGGCCAAAUUUGAACCUAGGACCUUCCUCUCAAUCCACUGAGCCACCCAGCUGCCCCUGAAGGUAAGAAUUUUAAAAUAAAAAGUUAUGGUCUCCUUAGGUGAGAGAAGAUGCAAAUGUAUAUUGGGUUGA